CAGUCACUCCCAUCACACACCUGUAUCAACAUUCAACACAGUAAUUGCUGCUUAGAAUCAAUAAUGGUGAAGGAUGUGGAAGCAGUGGAGCCAGCGGCGGAGUACUCCGCCAAGGACUACCACGACCCGCCGCCGGCUCCGCUGUUGGACUUGGACGAGCUGACCAAGUGGUCCUUCUACAGAGCCCUGAUCGCCGAGUUCAUCGCCACCCUCCUCUUCCUCUACGUCACCGUCCUCACCGUCAUCGGCUACAAGUCCCAGAGCGCAACCGACGAGUGCGGCGGCGUGGGCAUCCUCGGCAUCGCCUGGGCCUUCGGCGGCAUGAUCUUCAUCCUCGUCUACUGCACCGCCGGGAUCUCGGGGGGCCACAUCAACCCGGCGGUCACGUUCGGGCUCUUCCUGGGCCGGAAGGUGUCGCUCAUCAGGGCGGUCAUGUACAUGGUGGCGCAGUGCCUCGGCGCCAUCUGCGGCGUCGGCCUCGUCAAGGCCUUCCAGAGUUCUUACUACAACCGCUACGGCGGCGGGGCCAACACCCUCAGCGACGGUUACAACAAAGGCACCGGCCUCGGAGCCGAGAUUAUAGGCACCUUUGUUCUCGUCUACACCGUCUUCUCCGCCACUGAUCCCAAGAGAAAUGCCCGCGACUCCCAUGUUCCAGUGUUGGCUCCGCUUCCAAUUGGGUUCGCGGUGUUCAUGGUUCACCUGGCCACCAUCCCCAUCACCGGCACCGGCAUCAACCCUGCUCGGAGCUUCGGUGCUGCCGUCAUCUUCAACAACGAAAAGGCCUGGGAUGACCAUUGGAUAUUCUGGGUGGGGCCAUUUAUUGGAGCUGCGAUUGCUGCAAUCUACCAUGUAUUCAUCUUGAGGGCAGGGGCCCUGAAAGCUCUGGGAUCAUUCAGGAGCAAUGCCUGAUUUAUCAUAAUAAAAUGCCUAUUCUCUGUCAUUAUCAAUGUGUACAUAUUUUCUUCUCCAUGUAUUGGAUUCUUCUUCCUUUUUUUCUUUGUUUGUAAUUCCAGUGUAUUGCUCAUCAUCCUCUUUUUUCUUUUAAUUCAAGAAAAAUGUUUGUGUA